CUCCAGGGCGACAUUUGCUCGCUAAACUGUGUUUCGGCCAGAUUUGUAGUUCAAAAAAUAAACAGAACCACAAUAAUAUCAAUAUGUGCUGAUAUGCAUUAGUAACUGUACACGUAGCCUACAGUUGUUCACUUUGAACCAUACAAAGUAGUUUGUUUGUUUGUUGUAAGCAAAUCGGAAGCCUUUCACUGGUGCACCUGAGAUAACUUGCAGAGUAAAACGAACAUGGGAUGAUGUUUGCAUUUAACUCUACUUUUCUUGUGUAAUUCUGUCAGUAAAACUAGUGGCUAGAAAAUAUGGCUUCUACAUCCGACUCGGACAAACCGUCAGUUUCUAAUGUGGAAGAAAACAGAACUCGCCUCUGCGAUGAGUUUGCUGCAAUAACGGGGACUGACAGCGCCGUGGCUCAGUGCUACCUGGCUGAAAAUGAAUGGGAGAUGGAGAGAGCUUUGAACUCAUUCUUUGAGGCUGACAUGGAGAGAGUAUUUGAAGAUCUUCCAGACACAGAGGCACGCCCCAAAACAAAGAGGCAGAAGAUUGAGGAAAAACCUCCAGGAGACUGUAUAGAUUUGACUGGAGACAGUCCAGCCUCCACACGCAAACCCUCAGAAGAAGAUGACAAUAAACUGUCACUGAUCUCCUGGAACGUGGAUGGACUUGAUACAGACAACCUUGCAGAGCGCGCCAGAGGCCUGUGCUCCUUCUUAGUCUUAUACACUCCUGACGUGGUGUUCCUACAGGAGCUCAUUCCACCUUACAUCCAGUACUUGAAGAAACGGGCUGUCAGCUACCUAAUCAUUGAAGGUGGUGAAGAUGGUUACUUCACUGGGAUGAUGCUGAAGAAGUCACGAGUCAAAUUCGUGGAGAGCCAGAUAGUAACUUACCCCACCACUCAAAUGAUGAGGAAUCUGCUUGUAGCUCAGGUGAAUUUCAAAGGCCAGAAGCUGUGUCUGAUGACGUCCCACCUUGAGAGCUGUAAAGGCCACGCAGAGGAACGGAUGAAACAGCUGCGAGUGGCGAUGCAGAGGAUGAGAGAGGCACCCGACGAUGUCACCGUCCUGUUUGGAGGGGACACAAACCUGCGGGACACAGAGGUGGCCAAGGUGGGUCUGCCUCCCAGUGUCUGCGAUGUGUGGGAGCGACUGGGAAAGCAGGAGCACUGCCGCUACACAUGGGACACCAAAGCCAACAGCAACAAGACUGUUCCUUACGUCAGUCGCUGCCGCUUCGACCGGGUCUACUUCCGCCCGGCUACCAAGGACGGCGUCCCACGCCUGGUCCCUGACCAUAUGGCCCUGGUGGGACUGGAGAAGCUGGACUGUGGACGCUACACUAGUGAUCACUGGGGAAUCUACUGUAGCUUCUCUGCUGCUUAGAAAUGCACAAAACAACCCGAAACGCGCCAGUUAAAGCUUUUGCUUUAGAUCAGCUGGUCUAGUUUGUUCUUGUGUGUUUUACGGUCCCGGUUCAGAGCACAGUAACACUUUCUCUGUGAAAGAAGAUGCUCCACCCUCAUCUGAGGUUGGUCACCUGUACAUUUUAUAUCUCGAUUUGAUUAGUUUUAUUUUCUUAUGUGUGUCUUGUUGGCGCCUUUUCUUCUGAUAGCUAAAUAAAUGUAGAAAGCACCAAUAAAUGUUAAAAUAUCAAA